UAGGGGUACGGCCAUCCGAGGGCUUUAUUCGGCAGAUAUACCGACAUGACCAGGUGGCUGGACCAAAUCCCAAUCGCAUGAGAAGGGUUAGGCAACAGAAACAUGGCACGGAGGGCGGUUAUUUAAAUACGUGCCCGUUCUCCAGGGCUGGCUGACUGACCGAGUCGCCCAAAAUCCAUUCUCUACUCAGAAAGAGGAUACCUCCCAGCCCCCAAACGCUGACGGUCUAUACUCACUCGAUCGACCCGAACCCCCCCACCGAGAUGAAGCCUCUUACCACCCUCGUUCUCCUCUUUUCCUUCUUCGGGCUGUUGGCAGCUGCCCCAACAGAUCUCGCCCAUUUCAUCGACGCAGCCACCCACUUGCCCCUCGUCGACAUUCCAGACCACUUCCCCGCCAUGUGCUCCGGCACGGGCUCCGGCUACUGCAACCUGGGGAUUGCGAGCUACAUCCCGUCGUCCGGGACCAAGUUCCGCCAGGCGUUUGUCUACGAUCGAUACUGCCGCGGACUGGGGGCGCGACCCUUCGACAGCGACACGGGCAAAUGGUCCGUCUACUCGCUGCUUCCGUACACGGUGGAGUUGUCGAUCACCGGCGGGGGCAGGAUCCCGGACGGGUCAUUCAUAUAUGCGGGGCGGAAGACGGAUCUGGGCAAGAAGAUGUACUGCCGAGCGUGCUCAGGGCUCGGGGAUUGGGAGUGCUGUCAAGUGGCAUUCGACUGUCAUUAAGGGGAGGUCUUGGGGUCUGGAGGGUUAGCGUGGGUCAAGCUUGAAAGAGAGUUAUGAAUUUUGUCCUCAGCACAGAGUCAGUGCCUGAGCCGAGUCGAUGGGGUGAGAGUUGCUGACUGGAGCGAUGUCGUUUGCUUCUGCGUGUGUUUGAUGACCUAUAUCCCCUGUCUGCUAGCAAUAAGAUUCGUUGUGAUUGGAAGUGUUAGACAUCUAGUAGAGGUAGUCAUAGUCAGCACUUGAUAGCUUAGCUGAAAGAAGAUGUAGUGAUUGUCACGCUAAGGGAAUACCGGACAUCGAAUCUCAAGGCCGA